GAUACGACUUCGAAUUAUUUUCUUGAUUUGUUGUUGAUUUGUUUUUCACGAAGAUGGUGUACAUUCGUGAGAAUCUAUACCUGGGACCCAUCAAUGCAGCCGCACGAGUACUUCUUGGAGAAGAAGGCGCUGCAGGCAGUAAAAAAGAAGAAAAAAUCACCCAUAUUUUAUCGGUUUUGGAGGACCCUUCUUUAGACUUUUUCACAGAAGUAGAACCAACCUUUUCUGUUCCCACCAAAGAGAUCCGUAUAGCAUAUAUGGAGGACUACGGGUGGUGGGGUUCGGAUAAAAAGAUACUUUAUGUGUUAGAGAAUGCAGGUCAUGAUCUGAAGGUAUUGAGGAUGGCUGUGCCUUUGACAGACACCGAGAGUCAGAAUUUACUCGAUUAUUUGGAAGUUUGUUUAGAUUUUAUUGAUCGAGGUAGAAAAAAUGGGUCGGUUUUGGUGCAUUGCUUUGCAGGGGUAUCCAGAAGUGCAUCCGUGAUGACGGCCUACCUGAUGAGAUCAGAACGGCUUUCUCUACAAGAUGCACUUGAGUCGUUAAACCAAUGCAGUUGGGUAUGUCCUAAUGAUGGGUUUUUAAAACAGUUGGCUAUGUUUGAAGAGAUGGGGUUCAAGGUUGACUAUUCAAGCCCUGUUUACAAACGCUUCCGUAGGAAGGUUUUAGGGCCACGCGCAUCAUAUAACCGAGAAGACAGAAUUGACAGCUCUGCUGACAUGGGUUUGAUGAAAAAUGAGGCUUCUCUUUUGACUGGAACUGAUGCCAAUCCCAGCCCAAACCUGGAUGCGACCCGACCUGAUAAACUGGACUCGUGA